CCACAAUAAAACAGAACUGGAUCAGUUUGGUGCUGCAUUUAGAUUUUAUUCGCAUCCACCAGUUCACAAGCAGGGGGCGAUCUGACGACUUUCCUUACCUUUAAACCAGUGGAUUUUCAUGCUGGGGGUCGUCCCGGAGAAGGUGGUCGGAAAAAAAGGGGACUUUACAGGAGGAGGUAAAGAUGUCUUAAACACUUACAAAGGACAUAAUCUGGGACUUGCCCAGUCGAUCCUUUUCAAAAUAAUAUUACAUUGUGGUGCUGAAGGAGCAUUUUGGACAUCAUGGCAACUGACCACAACACAGCCAGAGAGUGGCUGGAUUAUUCAGAUGUUGAAACACAAAAAGAACCUGCGAGUGAUGAUGGAACUGCUGCUAUCAAGACAGAGAUCAUUUGGGAUGAGCACGAUUUUAAAGAUGAUCAUGAAAUAUACAUGUUAAAGAUGAAGGAGCUUGAAGUCGCUGCUGAAUCUAGUAAUUCUAGAUCAGUAUAUGAAAAAAUGAGCCCUGCUGAGCUUCGUCUGAUGUCCAUCAGUGAUAAAAUACAGUGCUGCAGGUUCUGUGGUAAGAUCUGCAGAGAUCCCAGCCAUCUUCGAAUCCAUGAAAGGUCACAUACGGGCGAAAAACCAUUCGAGUGCUCUCAGUGUGGAAAAGCGUUCAGCACGGCCAGCAACCUGAAAAGCCAUGAACAGACACACACAGGAGAAAAGCCGUACUCGUGCCAGGAGUGUGGGAAAAGUUUCGCUCUACAGUAUUACCUUACCCGCCACAUCAAGACGCAUUUAAAGGUGGAGACGUUUAUUUGCAGCAUAUGCGGGAAGAAUUUUGCCAACAUGCGGAACCUGAAGAUUCAUAACCGAAUCCACACAGGAGAGAAGCCGUUUCAGUGCAAAUACUGCGAGAAAACUUUCAUACGGUCUGGUGAACUGAAGCUUCAUCUGAAGACUCAUACAGAAGAGGCUCCUGCUCCUGUUGGUUGUUCACUGGAAAAGGAAGUUCCCAAAGAAGAAAGGCCAGUUCACCAUAUGCAAACACAUGACCCUGACCGUCCUUUUAAAUGUAUAAAAUGUGGGAAAACUUUUAAGGACGCAACAAAAAGGAAGAUUCACAAAGCUUUCCAUUCUGGUAAAAAACCUUAUAGCUGUUCUGACUGUGGAAAACGUUUCACUCAUUCAGUUUACCUGACAAUCCACAAGCGAGUGCAUACUGGAGGAAAAUCGCAUACAUGCGCAAAGUGUGGAGGGAGCUUCUCCACCUCAAAAAGUCUAAUUAAGCAUCAGCGUUCGCAUUCCCAAAUUAAGCUACACCACUGUUUUCAGUGUGGAAAAGAUUUUACCCAUCAACAUUUGUUGAAAAGUCAUAUGCGAGGCCUUUCCAGUGGCAAAACAUUUGAAUGCUCACAGUGUGGCCUGAAAUUCCGCCAUCAACUCAGACUGAAAAGGCAUGAAAAGAUCCACACAGACGAGAAUAAGUUCAAAUGCUCAGAUUGUAAUACAUCUUUUAGGCUUUCAGUAGAGCUUAAAAUCCAUCAGCGCUAUCAUAAAGGGGAGAAAAAACACAAGUGUCCUCAGUGUGGAAGGUGUUUCACAACAGCAGGGAGACUUCAGUGGCAUCAGCAGACACAUUCUGGUUUAAAACAGUGUGACUGCAUAGGCCAUGGGAAGAAUUGUUCUCAUGGACAUAUGCAGGCCCCAAAUAAAACCUCCCAGAACCUUGCUUUCACUUGUCCAGAGUGUGGCAAAAGCUUAGCCGAUGAGAAGAAACUGAAGGCUCAUGUCAAGACCCACUCCACCGAAAGGCCAUUUGAAUGCGAGACGUGUGGAAAGGGCUUCAAGAAGGAAGCGUUCCUUCGUGAACACCAAAGAACACACACCGGAGAACGUCCUUUUGAGUGUCCAGAGUGCGGGAAACGAUUUUCUCACGCAGGUAACAUGGCCACACACCGGCGGAUCCACACUGGAGAGAAACCCUUCCAUUGCACUCUUUGCGGGAGACGAUUCAGUGAUGCCUCUCAUUUCGUGAAGCAUCAGCGCUGGCACAGCGGGAUUAAACCCAAAGCUUGUGAGAUAUGUGGUAAAUGUUUUGCCGACACGGCCUUACUGAACCGGCACAAGAGAAUCCACUCCGGAGAGAAGCCCUUUGCUUGCACUGAGUGCAAGAGGUGCUUCAUCGAUAAGUCUGAGCUUUCCAGACACGCUAAAACACACACACGAGAGCGCAACCACCGCUGUGAAACGUGUGGAAAAAGCUAUGCUCGUAGCUACAGUUUGAAAUUGCAUCAAAAAACUCAUCAUGCAAAAGAGCUCCCAGACAUAAGCUCUCAGAAAUGUGUCUGAAUGAUUUGCAGACGUCCUUUAUCCACUUGAAACCUAUACUUAGCUUGUGUCUGCGCUCAGUGGUACUUUUAUCUGAAAGACUUUCCAUAUACUUGCACUUUGUAGGUUUACAGUUACUGACUGUAGCCCAUAUAUGGCUGCACAAUAUAUCAGCCCCCACUUUACCCUGUCCUCAGUGGAAAAGGACCAGCAUAGGACCACUGUUGAAAAGAUAUUAUUUGGGUGGUGUGUCAUUCUCAACACAGCCAUGACAUUGACGUGGUAGUGGGAUGUUUUAGGGUGUUGCAUUGGUAUGAGAAUAACCGUUGCUGCUGAUAUCUUUUAAUGUCUUUUAACACUUGCCUCUGCUAGAUUGAAAAUAGACGAAUGACAAAUAUACAGAUUGCAGUGGUCCUGUGGACAGAAACUGCACUGUACAAAGUACUGGAACCUUUGGCACAGUAAACUGGAAUUGGCCAUCGGUCCAGUUCCAAAAGUUUCCAGUUUUAUGGUUUUUGGUACCUGCUCAAGAUUGGUACCAACAGGACCUAACUGUACCUAAGUGUUCUCCUCUGUCUUUGGUAUCGCUUACAGCUUUAGCUAACAAUUUAGUGAAGUCUGCACUCCUCCAGGUGAAGAUAAAGUCAACCAAUCACUAUUACAUGGCUCAUCAGAACACAGAAGUAAACUAGAAUAGUAUGUUGUGUUCAUUAUUAGCAUGAUUACUUUGUAAAGAGUUCGCUAUGGUGACAUAAGCUAGUUAAGAAGCUAACACUAACAUUAGUAUUUAUGAUAGUUGCCACAGAACUGUAGUGGUUUUUGUUAAUAUUUUUUACACGUCAUAUAAAAUUAUAAGCUUUGCUUAUAUAUUUAUAUCUAGUUAGCAAAAUUAGGUUGUUUAAAAUGGUUAUGACUGUUGUCCAGAUAUCUGGACUGUUCUGUUGGUUCCUGUUUGGGUCAGUUCUUGUUUGUGCAGGAAAAAAUGCCCUAACUGUAGACUUAAAUGUGGACCAACAAAGUAGGUGUUUCUAAUAAAGUGGCCAGUAAGUGUACACACUGUUUUAAAAAAUCUUGAAACACUUGUACCAGCAGAACACACACUAAUGUCAGUGUCAGUGCUGUGGUGAGAAUGGUCCACCACCCAUAUAAUACCUGGUUACCAGUGGUCCUAUAGUGGUCUCUUUCUAUUGAUGGAUGGGGCUGAUAAAUUGUGCAGAAACAUGGGAUGCCUUCAGUAACUGUAAACUUACAAAGUGCACCUGUAUGGUAAGUGUUUCUGAUAAAAUGGCCAAGGAGUCUAGGUACAAGGUAAGUAUACCUAAUAAACUGGAAAUUCAGUAUAGAAUGUUUAUCUGCCACAUGGUUAUGGAACGUCUUCAGUUAAUUUGAUAGGUAGGAAAAAAUGUUCGUUAAUAUUAAUUGAUUAUAAUUGAUUAUUUACAUACAGUAGCCUGUUACAACUGCAUGAACUAUAGUUUUAUGAAAUGCUGUAUUCGACCACAACUAUUAUUACAGUAAAAUAAAAUAUCUUAGUGUAGGUCUAGUUCAUACAUGCAGCAUCAGUGCAUGUAUAGUUCAGCAAUUUUUAAAUUGGUAAUUAAAAUCAUCAUAUUGCAGUUUUUUUAUUGCAGAAGCAAAGUAGCAAUUAAUGAGUAACAGUGUGAAUGAAAAACAAUUCAUUGUUUCAGAAUG